AUGAGAACUAGUACGAGGUUUGUUUAUGUCCCCAUGAUUCUGAUUUUAGGGUUUGUUAUGUUUUCAAUCCAUGCAGAUUCAUAUAAAACAAAUCAAGCUCGUCGUGUUUUGAACUUAGUGGUACUUCCUCAAGUCCCCGUUCCACCGUCUUCCCCCGGUCACGGUGGAAAUAAACCGGUUGCGCCGCCGUCCCAUGUAGGCCAAUCUGGUCGAGCCUUGAACUUUGGUGUACUUCCUCAGGUACUUGUACCACCAUCUUCACCCGGUCAUGGUGGAAAUAAACCGUUUGCGCCGCCAUCACAUGUAAGCCAAUCCGGUCGAGCCUUGAACUUUGGUGUACUUCCUCAGGCGCCUGUACCACCUUCUUCACCCGGUCACGGUGGAAAUAAACCGGUUGCGCCGCCGUCCCAUGUAGGCCAAUCUGGUCGAGCCUUGAACUUUGGUGUACUUCCUCAGGUACCUGUACCACCAUCUUCACCCGGUCAUGGUGGAAAUAAACCGGUUGCGCCGCCAUCCCAUGUAAGCCAAUCCGGUCGUGCCUUGAACUUUGGUGUACUUCCUCAGGCGCCUGUACCACCAUCUUCACCCGGUCACGGUGGAAAUAAACCGGUUGCGCCGCCAUCCCAUGUAAGCCAAUCCGGUCGUGCCUUGAACUUUGGUGUACUUCCUCAGGCGCCUGUACCACCUUCUUCACCCGGUCACGGUGGAAAUAAACCGGUUGCGCCGCCGUCCCAUGUAGGCCAAUCUGGUCGAGCCUUGAACUUUGGUGUACUUCCUCAGGUACCUGUACCACCAUCUUCACCCGGUCAUGGUGGAAAUAAACCGUUUGCGCCGCCAUCCCAUGUAAGCCAAUCCGGUCGUGCCUUGAACUUUGGUGUACUUCCUCAGGCGCCUGUACCACCUUCUUCACCCGGUCACGGUGGAAAUAAACCGGUUGCGCCGCCGUCCCACGUAGGCCAAUCUGGUCGAACCUUGAACUUUGGUGUACUUCCUCAGGUACCUGUACCACCAUCUUCACCCGGUCAUGGUGGAAAUAAACCAGUUGCGCCGCCAUCCCAUGUAAGCCAAUCCGGUCGUGCCUUGAACUUUGGUGUACUUCCUCAGGCACCUGUACCACCUUCUUCACCCGGUCACGGUGGAAAUAAACCGGUUGCGCCGCCGUCCCAUGUAGGCCAAUCUGGUCGAGCCUUGAACUUUGGUGUACUUCCUCAGGUACCUGUACCACCUUCUUCACCCGGUCAUGGUGGAAAUAAACCGAUUGCGCCGCCAUCCCAUGUAAGCCAAUCCGGUCGUGCCUUGAACUUUGGUGUACUUCCUCAGGCACCUGUACCACCAUCUUCACCUGGUCACGGUGGAAAUAAACCGUCUCCGUCCUAUGUCAGUCAAGCCGUUCGUGCUUUGAACUUUGGUGUACUUCCUCAGGCACCCGUGCCACCGUCUUCGCCCGGUCACGGUGGAAAUAAACCGGUUGCGCCUCCAUCCCAUGUCAGUCAAGCCGGUCUUGCUUUGAACUUUGGGGUACUUCCCAAGGCAUCUGUACCACCAUCUUCGCCCGGUCACGGCGGAAAUAAACCGGUUCCGGUUGCGCCUCUGCCGUGA